AUCUUACAUUUGCAAUAAUUGUCCACUGAUGCCCUCUUUUGGUAAGCCACUAACCCAUGAUCUCGAGUCCGUACUUUAGCGGCGCGUUGCGGCAACGAUUCGUACUAUAAUGCAGUUCAUAUCCAUAAGUAAAUUGCUACCAAAUAAAUAUUGUUUAUUCGUUUUGUAUUUUCGCAUAUUUAAUUAGCAUAAAUUGAUUCUCUCAGUACAUCGACAUGUUAAAUAUAUGGCAUUGUUUGGAAAUCCAACAUGCAGAAUUCAGACUGUGUGUAAAAUGGUGGUGUAAGUUCUGUGUUGGUACAUCUUAUUAUUGACAUAUGGCCUCGGGGCAAUGUGUUUUGUAUACAUACAAAAGACAGUCGUGAAUGUUAAUGGUUACUGUGGUUGUUUGUGUUUCUCAGAAGUGUUUGUUUCGAUCACGGGUCUUUAAUAAUAGAUCAAUUUGCUGUUUACGUCAUCUUUAUAUCUAAGAAGAGCCCGCUGACCAGACUCCAUCAGAUUGAGAAGUUCGUGAUCUCUGACGUCAUCGAUUCGAGCGGAGCAGCAGAGGAAGGCUUGUUGUGAUGCAUUGUGGUUGUGACUGCAUUGUGGGCUGCUUUUCUGUCGGACGGAAGAGGUUCUGCAUUUUACCUCGAGUGCAACAUGGCUGCCAUUCGGUGUAGUUUGCGAGCAGUUUGGAAACACAGCAAAUGGCGGACUCACAAAAAGAUAGAUAGAUAAAUAUGCAUAUUAUCCGUCUCAUGCGGUACAACAGAUUUGACUGAUUCGUAGAGAACGUAUUUAGAAACACAAACAUACUUUUGUCUGUCCGCGUGAUGUAAAAUGGGAUUCCAUACAAUUAAAAUGGAAUCUGUUGUAAUCUGUGAAUUAUUUAAGCAUUCCGUUUGCACAGAAAUUCGUAUUUGUGUUUAGUUGUUUUGGAAAUAUUCGUGAAACAAUGCUGCCUGACGUAAGAGAACUGUCUCUUUUUGUUUUUACGACGAAACAUCCGACAGAUACAUAGACACAAGUCGGAAUUAGUAUUACAGAGAAAUACUUCGGAAAAGUGAAGUGUUUGAACAGUAGUGCUGUCUCAUGUUGAGACGUUAUUUUGAAUAAGUACGCACGUGUUAUUAUGAGGAAAGCCACAUUUCCAUGAUGACGGAGAAUUCAUCGACAAUGGUAGCUGCGUCGUUGUAUAAGCCAUUGUUGCCCUUUGUGGAGAGAAAGGGGAGCCUGAUGAUUGGACUGCGACGCCAGAUGGUGUCUAGGAGGCCGAGGUGCAUUCUGGUCAAACAAGGAACCGUGAAGCGAUGUGUGGCGGCACUGUUGGUCCUCAGCAUCAUUUCCAUCUUCUGUUACACGCGUUACCUCGUCAAUACUCCGUUCUCCAGUCUGAUGCGUCGUGACUCGCGACUAGAGCCGUCGAUCCGCUGCGCCAUCCUGAGUGGCGCCACUCGCGUGCCCGCCGUGGCACACGACCACCGAUCUGCCGCCAGGCUCCGCAUCGACCCCAAGGUGCUCGUGUUUGUGGAGACGACGUACUCGCGUCUCGGCCGCGAAAUCGCGGAGCUGCUAGUGUACAACAGAAUCAAAUACAAGGUGGAGGUGUCUGGCAAGUCGCUGCCAGUGCUUACGAACCUCGACAAAGGAAAGUACGGUGUGAUUGUGUUUGAGAACCUCAACAAAUACCUGCAGAUGGACAAGUGGAACCGGGAACUGCUUGACAAGUACUGUCGGGAGUACAGUGUUGGGAUUGUGGGCUUCAACCCCCCAAGUGAGGAGACACUUGUGGGGGCCCAGCUGCGAGGGUUUCCAUUGUUCAUACAUACCAACCUCAGGCUAAAAGAUGCGGCACUGAAUGCAGGUUCUCCGGUGCUGCGGUUAACACGUGCAGGAGAAACAGCGUGGGGUGAGCUGCCAGGGGAGGACUGGACAAUCUUCUCCGCAAACCACUCAACGUAUGAGCCUCUAGCAUGGGCCACUCGCAACUCUGAGGACUUCCUAAGUGCAGAGAUGAGCAGAACACCACUCGCAACAGUGAUACAGGACCAUGGCGUGUAUGACGGGAUCCAGCGAGUUCUGUUUGGGGGUGGGCUUCGCUUCUGGCUCCACAAGUUGCUCUUCCUGGAUUCUCUGUCAUACCUGAGUCACGGGCAGCUGAGUGUGAGCCUUCAGAGAUUCCUUCUGGUUGAUGUGGAUGACAUAUUUGUGGGUGAGAAAGGCACGCGACUCAGGAAGGAUGAUGUGGUGGCGCUGUUGGCAACUCAGCAGCGAAUUCAGCAGUUGGUACCAGGUUUUCGGUUCAACUUGGGGUUCUCAGGGAAGUAUUUUCAUCAUGGCACAUCUGAAGAAAAUCUAGGAGAUGACCUUUUACUUGAGAAUGUGGACAGCUUCAUGUGGUUCAGUCACAUGUGGAACCAUCAGCAGCCGCACCUGUAUGACAACAUCACGCAGCUCGAGAUGGACAUGACCCUCAACAGAGAGUUUGCCAAGGAGCAUGGCAUUCCUGUGGACUCCGGCUACUCCAUUGCCCCUCACCACUCGGGGGUGUACCCAGUGCAUGAGAUGCUGUAUGAAGCCUGGAAGAGAGUGUGGAAUAUCCGAGUCACAUCCACAGAGGAGUACCCACAUCUUCGUCCAGCUCGACUGCGAAGAGGAUUCAUUCACAGAAACAUCAUGGUGCUGCCAAGACAAACCUGUGGAUUGUUCACACACACAAUAAUGAUCCAGCGGUAUCCAGGGGGUCGUGAGAAGUUGGAUGAAGCCAUUCAAGGGGGAGAACUCUUCCAGACAAUUGUGUACAAUCCCAUCAAUAUCUUCAUGACGCACAUGUCAAACUAUGGGAACGACAGACUGGCGCUUUACACAUUUGAGUCUGUCAUAAAGUUUCUGCAAUGCUGGACCAAUUUACGACUGAUAACAGCGCCCCCACUGCAGAUUGGAGAACGCUACUUCCAGUUGUAUCCUGAAGAGGGUGAUCCUGUCUGGGGUAAUCCUUGUGAUGACGUAAGGCAUCAGAGAAUCUGGUCACACAACAAAACAUGUGAGCAGCUGCCAAGGUUCCUGGUGAUUGGACCCCAGAAAACGGGUACCACGGCUCUCUACACGUUCCUGUCCAUGCACCCUGACAUCAGCAGCAACUUCCCAAGUCCUGACACGUUUGAAGAAAUCCAGUUUUUUAAUGGCAAGAAUUACUACAGGGGACUGGAUUGGUACAUGAGUUUCUUCCCGGUUCCUAAGAAUGCCACAGCUCGUUACCUGUUUGAGAAGAGUGCCACAUACUUUGAUGGUGAUCUGGUUCCAAGGCGAGCACAUGCCCUCUUGCCUCAUGCGAAGUUGGUGACAAUUCUUAUAUCGCCGGCACGACGGGCAUAUAGUUGGUACCAACAUACACGAGCACAUGGUGACCAGGUUGCGCUCAACUACUCCUUCCAUCAGGUCAUUACUGCCAGUGACACUUCACCCAAACCUCUGCGGGAACUUAGAAAUAGGUGUUUGAAUCCAGGGAAAUACUCUCAGCACUUGGAACGCUGGCUGUCCUAUUAUCCGCCCCAGCAGCUGCAUAUCAUUGAUGGUGACCAGUUGCGGUCAAACCCUGUUGAAACAAUGAAUGAGCUGCAGCGCUUUCUUAAGAUCCAGCCACCUUUUGAUUACUCGAAACAUCUCAGGUACGACCCGAAGAAGGGUUUCUUCUGUCAGGUGGUAAAUGAAGACCACACAAAAUGUCUUGGCAGGAGUAAGGGCCGCCAGUAUCCACCCAUGGAGGACAAGUCUUACAAAUUGUUGCAGCGGUACUAUUUGUCUCACAACACGGCUCUUGUGAAGCUGCUGAAGCGGUUGGGGCACCGGUCAGUGCCGCAGUGGCUGAAAGAUGACCUCAGUGACACAGUGACAGCUUGACAUCACAGCAGGAUUGUAGCAAGAUGUUUAAUUGGCACAGAAGAGUUAGUCAUUGACUGACAGAGUUGCCUUUGGAGGCUCUCAGUGCUUCAGGCCACAUCUUUCAUGAAUCAUGGAUCUUGAAGGAACUUGUGUUCAAGGCAGCUUUUACAGAACGUGUGAAGUGUUGUGGUUUCUUAUCCUUCAUUUACAGAAGAAUGCCAUAAAAGUUGUGAUGUAAUUAGUCCAGCAGUGUAAGAAAUGUUUUUUUUCUAUUUAUCUUUUCCAUUGUUUGAUGGCUGAAGAAUGCAAGAGGAGCAUGUGAAUGGUUUACAGUAUUGUCAGGGAAAUAAACAGCAAAUGGCAGCUUUUCUCUUGUGUUUCAUCAGCUUUGCAAGAGAGCAACACUGCAAGGAGAGCAGUUGUAAAAACACUGAAAAUUCGUAUAAACUGAUGUAGCACAUUGCAGGGGGCUUCGUGUAUUGUGUGAUCUUCCAUAAAAGUGUACUAAACCAAAUGAUCAGGUGCCUGUGUCGUCACCAAUCCUGAACUGGUUGUCAUCAUGAGUUAAGAUGAACUGCCUGUUCUUGCUUGUGUCUCUGCUGGGUUAUGAAGACUGUGGGAGAGUUGAAUUUCAUGUGGAACCCAGGGAAGUCCGUGUUGUAUUUAUUCUGGUUUGUGAUCUGUAUCAGUAGUUUGAUUUUCCUCAGUCAGUAGUUUCUGCUUCACGCAGUGAGUGGGUUGGCAUGGCAGCAACACUCUACCCUUGCAUUUACCGGGUGCUUGGAUUGAAUCUUGUUCAGUAUACCACCUGUCCUGAUCAAGGUUUUUUGGGUCCUUCAGUUUCUGCAGGCAGGUACCAAGAAAGGACAUCAGGCCACAACUGCUUCCUUCCAGAUCCUCUAACGUUCAUCAUUCAUCCUACCAUUUAACAACAUCAUACAUGUAGUCCAGAUAGUGAUCACAUUAUAAAACACACCACAGAAGAAACACCGCGUGCUGUCUGGCUGUUGGACACCGUGAUCCAGGGCUUUGUCAGGUGGCAGUGAGCUCCAUGAUAGUAU